AUGGAGGGAAAGGCAACCUUGAACGUGGAGGAGAGGCUGACCCGGUCAUCGGCCAUGGAGGGACAGGAGAACGUGGAGCGCAUUGUAAAGGUACAGAAAGAACGUGCUACAAGUAUGGAGGAAAAGGCUAUGGUCAUGAUGGUGGAGGAGAGCAAGACCCCAUCCAUAAAGGCCAAAAGUGAAUUUGCUGUGGCAAUGGGUGGAAACACACAUUGCUUUUUGCAAGGGCAGCCACUAUUAUUCACUUGA